AAUGCUCAUCCUAGCUGCCUUUUUUUUUAAGCCUUUGAUUAACCAACCAAAUAUUUCCACAUUUCUGCCGUGAAGUUCUGCCAAAUCUUUCAGUGGCAGCUCUGUGCUGGAAGCAACAGCUUCAAAUGCUGCCCCAGGGCUGGAGGAGAUAAGCUGGAAAUCUCACUAUCUCUGGCAUGAAGCAGGAAUCUGUUUCCUACAUUCCAUCCCAACAUGGUGCGUGUGGUUCCCCCCCCCCCCAAUCUUUUCUCUUCCUCUCCCCAUUCCCACACCGCCCUUGGCAUGCUGGGAUCUUGCUGGGGCAAGUUUCCAGCUUGUUUACCCAAGACAAAUGACACUGAACUCUGCCUUCUCCUCCUGGCCUUGUCUGAUGAAGCAUCUGUUCCUCUUAGGAUAAUGCAGCGAUCUGAGCUUCUGCCAGAAAUGAUGUCUCAAGGGAAGGCCUGAUUUAUUUUUUAAUUGCCGAGUCCUGCCCGCCUGGAAUCUAAAAGCCAGAGGCGGCUCCUCCUCCUCCUUCCUGUUGGUCGGAAGUUUCAUUCUUUUUGACCAGACCGGAUCUCCAGUCCCAAGAUAUACAGGGGUCCAUUUCCCCACUUGCCUGAGUUGGUUUGGGAAGAGACGCUUUUCUUAAGCCAUGUGGUGUCUUUCAGGGACAAUGGAGAUUUCGCUGGGCCAGGGGCUCCUCAUUUUGUUCCUGGUGGUGGUCCCACUUCUCUACGAAUGGAGUACCACCUUCAAGUACUACUGCAAGAUGGCGUUCUACAACAGCUACAUCCUCUUCCUGGCCGUCAUCGUCAUCCCUAUUUGCGCAGUCCGUGGGCGAAACGUGGAGAAUAUGAGGAUAAUCCGGUUCAUGAUGCUGCAUGUGAAAUACCUGUACGGGAUCAAGAUUGACGUGCGGGGGACAGAGAACUUCAACAUCAAGCAGCCUUAUGUGAUCGUGUCCAACCAUCAGAGCUCGCUUGACUUGCUCGGGUUGAUGGAAGUCUUGCCCAGCCGGUGUGUGCCAAUUGCCAAGAAGGAGCUGAUGUACAUGGGCACAGUGGGGCUGGCGUGCUGGCUAGGGGGCAUCAUCUUCAUCAACCGCAAGAAAACCGAUGACGCCAUUAGCGUCAUGGCGGAGACGGCGCAAACCAUGCUCUGUGAGGAUGUUCGGGUUUGGGUGUUCCCCGAGGGCACCAGGAACCACAACGGCUCCAUGUUGCCCUUCAAGAGGGGUGCCUUCCAUUUGGCUGUGCAAGCCCAGGUUCCUAUAAUCCCAGUUGUGAUCUCAUCCUAUCGGGAUUUCUACAGUAAGAAGGAAAGGCGUUUCACCACGGGGCGCUGCACGGUCCGGAUCUUGCCUCCCAUGCCUACGCGGGGGCUGGGGGCUGAAGACGUGCCAGCGCUGACAGAUCGGGUGCGCCAGGCCAUGCUCAUUGCCUUCGAGGGGCUCUCGGUGGAGCUGGGUGCCCCGCAGUGACCCCCUUUUACUACUUCCUCCCUCCCAACAUCCGGCCCUAGAGAGAGACAGAGAGAGAGAGGAGCUUAUGGGGUAGGGACUGGGAACAGCUUUGCGCCCACUGGGACGGGGGCCAUGGCAGAAGAGGGCGACGUUAAAUCCCCAGCGGCCAAGCCAGGACCAGGAGUGGCAGAGGCGGUGACGGGAGCAGCCCACGCUACAACCAAACUCGGGAGAUUUGCAAGCUGGGGUGGGCUUAGCCUGGCCACGCCCACAAGGAGCCGCAGGGGCGGAGUUGAUCCCAGCCACGCCCGCUUCCACGUUUUGGACCAGAAUUCUCCCCUCCCACGGCCAGGUAGAUGGUGCAGCCCUCUCCCCGCCAGGUCUUCUUCCCCUCCCCGUUUCUGUCGAUGUGAACUGUUCCGCUUGAGCUUCUCAGACUGGACCGCUCCAGCCCCCUGUUCCGGGGCCGGGGAGCAUUUUGUGGGCUGACCCACAGGCACCGUACAAACAGAACCGCUCCUCGAAUCCUGCAGGGGGAAGACCCACCCUGGCGGACGAGAUGGGCGCAGGGCAGGUUCUGAGUGUGAACAUUGCAAAAUGUGAUGCCGGGUUGCGGGCUGGUUGCAAACACCCUGCUGGCCUUUCACGAAGGGUGUGUGUGUGUGUGUGUGUGUGUGUGUGUGAUAUAAGGGAGAGAAAUGGGCAUGAUUGAAAGAUCCGCUACAUCUUGCCAGCGGUGGGAGCAAGGCGUCGUUGAUCCACUCCAGAGUUCCCCGAGGAGGGGAGCUGUGCGGACUACGACCCACCCGGGCCUCGGACUGACCAGCCGCUCUAAUAAAACAGUGGACAAGACUACCUCCCUCUGUGAAAGGGGCACGGCGAACGGGGGAACCGGGGGCAGGGUGGGGACACAGAAAGAAUGUGACUCUGUAUUGGCUCUCUUCAGUCACCCGGUGGGUGAAACGAGGGAUCGAAAAAGCAGCUUUGUGGGGAAGGGGGCGUUGCGGUGUGUCUUGCGGGGAGGGGGAAGGGAUAAAAUAAUAUGGGCUGACGCUGUGGAACCCAGUUUAUGGGACCAGCCCUUGACCCAAUUGAUGUGGGGUGGAAAUUGGGGGUGCUGCUUGGGGAGAAAGCGAGAGCAGGUACGAGGGGCCUGUUACUUUUCUCCUCUCUCGUUUUGGUUAAAAUAUCUCAACUGCCCUGCGAAGGGGGAAGCAAGCAUGCCCUUAUCCGAGCUGCGUCAGUGUGGCAGCCUGCUUUCCUAGCUCCAGCUGGAGGCAUCGGGCGCUGCAAACUCUUGAGUUUUGAUCAUGGAGAUUGGCAGAGGGGAAGUAUGUGUGUGUGUUCCCUCUAUGGCAAAGUGUGGCAGGAAGGCCUUGGGAGAGGGCAUUGGGGGAAGGACAACCAGUGUUUGGG